CUAGAGAAGAGGAAGAGGAGGAGGAGGAGGAGGAAGAAGAGGAGGAAGAGGAGGAAGAACGCUCUCAGAGACUCCCCCUCUCUCCCCAGUCCACAAGUGAAAUCAUGGCGGACGGGGCCGCGUCACACCUCGCCAGAUAACUUACAGCUUCCCCCAGAGAGAGCUGUCAGGUGUCCCCUAAAUGCAGGAAGAUGUCAGAGGUGAAGGCCGCCCUUGAAGAUGACUCGACGCCCUCCAACCAAGACACAGUGUCCGAGGAGGAGGACAACCUCAGCGACCUGGAGUCCCACACGGGGAGCGAACGCGACGCCUCCGAGGCCGGGUCCGAGACUCCCUCCCUCUCGGACCGCUCCAGCCAGCGCGCCUCCAGGUCCACCUCCAACACGCCCACCAACACACGGUCCACGCGCAGCAGAGACAAUCCGGACUUCGUGGCCAAGCAAAAGUCCUUCAUGGCCAAGUUCCAGGCGGCCACGGCGGGCAGCGAGGCCACCAUGGUGAGGCCCGAGACUCCAGGGAAGAGGAAGAGGGACGGCAGCACCUUCACCUCCGCCACAAAGAAGAGGAAAUUAGGAAAGACGGAUAAUAAUGGGCAGGACUACCAGAAUGAUAACUACUGCUGGGAGUGUCAUCGGGAGGGUGUGUUCAUCUGCUGUGAGAUGUGCCCCCGCGUGUUCCACCUCAAGUGUGCCGGCAUGGAGAAGGAGCCGGAGGAGGACUGGGCCUGCAGCGAGUGCCACGCCGUCAUGCAGGCGGAGAACACGGAGAACAGGUCACGGUCUAUGCAGCUCAUCUCUGUGGAGCAGCUGUGCACACUGCUCAAGUACGCGCUCAACAGGCUCAAAACCAUCGCUGGGAUGGAGCCAUUCACCAAGCCGGUAGACACCACGGAGUUCCCCACCUACGAGGACAUUGUGGUUCACCCGGUUGACUUCACCUCGCUGGAACGCAACAUUAAGAGAAAGUUCUACGGCUCGACGGAAGCCUUCUCAUCCGACGCCCGCUGGAUCGUGCAUAAUUCUGUGAUAUUCAAUGGAGCCAACUCCAAGGUUUCGUCGAUGGCUCGCUCGCUGGUGAAGAUACUGAAGCAGGAGAUGAGUGAGAUAGAGACUUGUCCGGACUGCUACAUGAACGCUCACCAAAACCCCAAGAGCUGGUUUACAGAAGUGUGUAGGUCGGCUCACCCGCUCAUCUGGGCGCGGCUGAAGGGCUUUCCUUUCUGGCCGGCCAAGGCUGUCAAGUGGAAAGACGGCAAUGUGGAUGUUCGCUUCUUUGGGCGGCACGACAGAUCGUGGGUGCCCAUCAAGGAGUGUUUUCUAUUCUCCGAGCAGAUGCCGACCCCUCUCAAGAAUCGCAAUAAAACCCUGGAGGCGUGUCUGCAGGAGGUUAACGAGCACAUCGCCAAGCUCCGAGAGAAGUUUGGCAAGUUCAAAUACGCUCCACACCGUAUCCAGUUCAACCCCUCAGACCCCGACCAGAUCAAGAUCAUGCUGCCAAACUACAAAGGCCCGGUGCCCCAACGCAUGAGGCCACACUCCAGGGCCCUCUCACGCCUCUCUGGCCACUCAGACGACGAGACUUCCUCCAUCGCCUCGACAGACAGCGCCGGGUGCAUGAGACGCGGCCGGCGGGAGUCAGGGACGUCCUCCGCCACACAGGGCACCGAGACCGAGCCUGAGGUGCCAAUCCAGCCCGCAGACACACGACGCAGAAAGGGCGGCAGCAAGAGCCCGUCGGAGGAGGCGGGACUGAAUCAGGAGAGGGACAAGAGCAUCAAGGAGGAACAUGACUCAGAGGACGAGGACCUGACCCUCAGCGCUGCGUCCUUGUGUCGGCCAGCGGAUAAGGUCAAGGAGGAGGAUGACCAGGACCAGGACGAUGAGGAAAUGGAGGAUUGUGGGAAGUAUCCAGGACAGAAAUCAUCGGCGGAGAACUCGGAAAUGGAAGAGGAUGAGGAGGAGACGGAAGAGAGGGAAGGAAGGGAAGAUAUUCACCACCAGGAUGACGACACCUCCUCUCUAGUGAACGGAAAGUCGCCCGCCGUUAAAACCGAACCUGAGAGAAGCGAGGAGGAGGAGGAGGAGGAGGGCGGAGGAGGAGGAGGUGGAGAGGGAAGUGGAGGAGGAGGAGGGGGUGGAGGAGGCAGCUCAGAUGGGGAGGACGAGGAUAUGGCGACCCCAGCGAGUGAUAAGGACGGAAAUGGCGAUGAAAUGGAAGAAGCGACGAAGAAGGAGAUAAAGAAGGAGGGAGAGGAGGAGGAGGAGGACGAGGACGAUAAGAACGACAACAAGGAGGAGGAGGAGGAAGACGAGGAGGAGGAGGAAGAGGAAGAGGAAGAAGAAGAGGAGGAAAAGAAAGACCUCGGUGGUUCUGUACUAACGAACAACAGCAUAAAAAUUGAAAAUAACACAAACUCCACUGAAGACUCGCUGACGGAGAACAAAAUUAAGCUGGAGAAGGACGACGACAGCUCCUCGAGUAGUGAAAACACGACAGUGGAGACCGGGAGAUCGCCGAGCCGGGAAAGCGUAACCAGAACCGACGUCAAGGAUGAACGAAACUCCGAACGGCCGAGCGAGUCCUUGAAAACCGAAAUGAAGUACACAGACGACCACAGUGAGAGAAUGGACGCUAAUCUCGAAGGGGAGAGUGCCGGGAGUGACGCAAGGGACCAGAGUGCCAAGGGGGAGGGCCACCAAAGCGAGGAUGAGCGGGAUGUGAAAGACGUCGAGAUGAAGGAGGAUUUAAAGGCGCAGAUCGAGAGCGGCGCCGACGACUCCGAGGAUGAAAAUGACGCUGAAAUUGACGUAAAACCAACCGAGACGAACGACCUAGUACCUGAUCAAGACAAGGAAAGUGAGGAGAGCGAGAGCGAGGAUGAGAGUGAGCGUAAACAUGAGAUUAAAAGUGAGGGAAAGGACGAUGAGGGAGAGAGAGAGGAGAGAAGUGAAGGUGACGAGGGGAGUGAAAAUGAGGAAGAGAAGGAAGAGGUGUUGAACAAGGAUGUGGAGGAGAGUGAAGAAGAAGAAGAGGAGGAGGAGGAGAGUCGGAUAGAAAGCAUAGUGAAUAAGGAGAAGGAGGAGGAGGAGGAGGAGGAGAGGGAGGAAGAUGAGGGAGCGAGGGACACCACCAACAGCAGCAGCGACCAAAUGGAAAUUGACGUCAAACGGGAGGAGGAGGAACCCAGCAAGGAGGAAGAGGAGGAGGAGGAGGAGGAAGAAGCAAUGGAGGAGGAGGAAGAACCUGAACCACCACAACAACCACAACCAAGAUCAACAACACCACCUCUACCACCACCACCACCACCACCACCAGCAGAAAAGGAGGAAACUCAAGCGACGGAGAAGCAGGUUAUUAAGCAGGAGAUUGAGACUGAGGAUGAGAGGAGAGAAGCGAUGAUGGCAGCGAAGGAGAAGGAGAAGGAGGCCGCGGAUGACGAGGCCGCACGGAGCUCCCUCUACGACGCGGUGCAGCUCAUGAAGACGAUGGGAACGAUAGCAAUAACUCGCCUCGACGGGAAAUCCCUCGGCGGCGACCGGACCAACGGGGACAGCAUUACGUUGACCCGGAAGGAAGUGCCGAGAAUGGAGGAGUCUACCGAGGAGGAGAAGAAGGGUGCCAGCGAGGAUGCCGGGAAGAACUGCCCUAAGGUGCCGUCGUCCGCACCGUCUGCCGCUACGAAAGACGCCGAAAGCAAGAACAUGGAGCAGCAUAUCUCGUCCUUAGGGUGCAGUGUUAGCGUGACGAAGGCCGUGGAUCGCGAUAAGGACAAGGAAAAGGUCAAGGAGAAGGAAAAGGUCAAAAUGCCGUCUGGGGUUGACACGACCCGCCUCAGCCCCUCCAUCUCCAUCAUUCCCAUGUCCGGGGCAACCGAGAGACAGAAGCCCAAGACCACCACCGCCCCGUCAGACCCCAACGUCUCCACCACCGCCGCCCCGGCUGCCGCGUCGCACCCGAGAGACACGUCCCCCACCGUCGCCCCGCAUAGCCUCCCCCAGAGCUCCCCCUCGGCCCAGGCAGCCCCCAGGGUGUCUGCGUCGUCGAACAGCUCACCUCAGACUAGCGGGGCCAGCCUGCCGCCCCCCCCGCCGCUCUCCCACCCCCAGGCGCCCCCCUCCAGCAGUGUGGGUUCCCGGGGGGUGUUUGGGCCGCCCCCCCCUGGCAGCAUGAACAUGGGGGGUGGCCGGGGUCCCAUCAUGACCACCUCGGGGAUGAGGAUGCCCGGGGGGGUGGGGGGCAUGGGUAUGAUGGUGCCCACGCGCAUGCCGGCCGGCCCCCCGCCCCGGCACCUCCCCCCCGAGGCUGGACCCCUAUCGGCACAGCUCCACAAGCACUCCCAGAAGCUGGCGGAGGUGAUGCGUGCCACCCUGGAGGACAUCCUGGGCGGCCUGGUCAUGACGGGCACCCCGGAGGCGCGCGUGGCGGCCCUGCAGCUGGAGCUGGAGCGCACCAACUGGCGGCACCAGCAGGAGGUGGCGGAGGUGCGCCACAACGCCGACGUGAUGCUGGUGGAGAUGCGCGCCAACCUGGAGGCGGAGAAGCAGCGGGCGGUGGAGGAGGCCAAGCGGCAGAUGGAGGCGCAGAUGAUGGAGGGGCGGAGGCAGAUGGAGGCGCAGAUGAUGGAGCGGCUGGCGGAGGUGCGGCGGCAGAUGGAGGCGGAGAAGCAGCGCGCCGUGGAGGAGACCAAACGCAAGCAGUGGUGCGCUAACUGCGGCAAGGAGGCGCUCUUCUUCUGCUGCUGGAACACCUCAUACUGCGACUACCCCUGCCAGCAAUCUCACUGGCCACAGCACAUGUCGGUGUGUGGCCAGAACAGCGAUGGGGGGGCCGGUGGGGAGGGCGGGCCGGACUCCAUCAACGGGGAAGCCAGCGCCCACUCCUCCAGGGUGUCCACGCCUGUACAGAACCUGGUGGCCGCGCAGUAUGUUGAGGAUGACGGCGGUGUGGCGGCAAUGGCAGAGGAGCACAGGAGGAGAAAAAUGCGUGAGAAUGCGUCUCCCAUCUACGGGGACAUGGGCAUGGUGGGGCGCGGCUCACCCGCCGGGGCCAGCGCGGGGCUCCCCAGUAACAGUCCCAACAUGGCCGCCCUCAGCCCUGGGGCCCGCGCUGGGAUGACCAACCUAGGCGGCCCCGCCAUGGCAGCGAUGGCGGCCAUGGCCUCAGGCAGCGGCGGUGGCCCUGGUGUGCCCGGUGGCCCUCACAACAUGAAGAUGCACCGUUACCUGCCCCCCACCAUGAUACAGCAGCAGCAGAUGUACGGAGGCAUGGACCCGCGCAUGAUGAUGAUCAUGGGGCGGGGCAUGCCCCCUGGGGCGGCGGCAGCCAUGAUGCGCAGCCCCAUGCACCACUUUCGGCCCCGGUUCAUGUGACCCUCACCCGGCCAGCCCGGCCAGCAGGACCUGCACCAACUCUACCAGAUCCACCCACAGAACUCCUACGCCGAGGACUGCAAGGGGAGGUUCAUGAGUUAAGACUCAAAGUUCCUGACGCCUCCGCCUUGUGAGGUGAGGACGCGCCGCCCCCGCCCCGGCUCAUGCUUCUAUUUAUUACACUCGGAGUCCUGCGUCGCCCGGCACCGGACGUCCCCGGGGCCAGCGCCGCCACGAGGCAGUGCCGUGUGUUGUGCCGCGUGUUAGGGGCGCAGUGCAGGGCCGGACCAGGCUCAGACCUUUCCAGUGUUCCUCUCGCGUGGCAGAGACCAAAACUUUUCCAGAUGACUCGCUGGUGAAGGGAGCUUGGGGGUGACAGGGGAGGGGGGAGGGGGGAGGGAGGGGGCUGUACAUAGCAUUGGGGUUCUCGUGUGUAAAUACUGGACAUGGGCUGAAUACUCUUCCCUUUGGUUGGUGGCGGUGAGGCCGGGUGGGGCGGCCGGGGCUGGCCUGGGCUGCCCCGCACUAUGCCCCGCGCCGCCCCGUGGUUCGCCGCGGCCACUCGUGCAUAAUUCGUUGUCAUGUUCUUAGCGCUGAUCUCAGUGAUGUAUGCAAUAUGUCCGUGUCCCUCAGUUGUCUUCGGUCAGGUUUUUAUCUUCGUAACGAUCGUCUCCGCGAUGAUCGGGAGUGUUUACUGCAGUGUUCCGUUGUCCUGGAAGUGUUGUUGUGUUCCGUUCCGUUGCUCUGAGGCGCACCAGACAUCCGUAAGCCUUCCAGUGUGCACCACCACGCACCACGUUCUCCUGAGUUCACUAGAAAGAAAAAAAAAGCUUCCAGUGCGUUUGUAUUUGCUUUACACUCCUCAUCGAUGCGUUCUUCAUUCUCGGGCAAGUCUGUAAUCGUAGCUGGUCAAAUUUAUAUCUUUUUUAUGAUAGUGUAUAUGUGUGUACGUGCGUCAUGUAAUCAACAAAUCAUAGGUGUAAGAAGAGUUCCGUCAUCCUUCCAGAAGCUACACAACACAAGGUCUACAGGGUCACGCGUCACUCACGUCACAAAAGGUGUUCCUACAUUAUUACAUAGAGCCCAGACCAAGCCUCUCGCAGCCCUCGGAGCCGGCCUGGGUGUGUGUGUCCGGCCCCUCGCAAACUGUUGUUCAAUUUCCCUUCAUGUUUCUUAUGACAAAAAAGAAAUUUGAGGGAUAGUUUAUGAGUUUAGAUUUGUUUUUAUGUUUUGUCCUGCGUAAACUCAGUAAAAAUCUCAUGCCAGCUUUUCGGAAAUGCAAAGCCCUCGUAAGCUGAAGUUAUUGCAAUUUCUCUUCAUGUUUCUUAUAACUAAAAAGAAAUUUGAGGGAUAGUUUAUGAGUUUAGAUUUGUUGUUUUUGUGUUUUUUCCUUCGUAAACUCAGUAAAAAUCGCGUGCCAGCUUUUCGGAAAUGCAAAGCCCUCGUAAGCUGAAGUUAUUGCAAUUUCUCUUCAUGUUUCUUAUAACUAAAAGGAAAUUUGAGGGAUAGUUUAUGAGUUUAGAUUUGUUGUUUUUGUGUUUUUUCCUUCAUAAACUCAGUAAAAAUCACAUGCCAGCUUUUCGGAAAUGCAAAACCCUCGUAAUCUGAAGUUAUUGCAAUUUCUCUUCAUGUUUCUUAUAACAAAAAAGAAAUUUGAGGGAUAGUUUAAGAGGAUAGAUUAUUUAUUUUUGUGUUUUGUCCUCCAUAAACUACCAACAUUCUUAUUUCAUCAUACAGAAGUGUCAUUUAAAAUCUCGUGCCAGCUUUUCGGAAAUGCAAAACCCCCGUAAGCUGAAGCUAUUGCAAUUUCUCUUCAUGUUUCUUAUA